AUGCGUGAAAUCGUUCAUGUACAAGCCGGUCAGUGCGGUAACCAGAUCGGAUCAAAGUUCUGGGAAGUGAUCUCUGAUGAACACGGUAUCCAACCCGAUGGAACCUACAAAGGAGAAUCGGACCUGCAAUUAGAAAGAAUCAAUGUGUACUACAAUGAGGCACAUGGUGGCAAAUAUGUCCCACGCGCUGUUCUUGUUGAUCUCGAGCCCGGAACAAUGGAUUCUGUUCGUUCUGGACCGUAUGGACAACUUUUCCGUCCAGAUAAUUACGUGUUUGGCCAGUCAGGAGCGGGUAACAACUGGGCGAAGGGUCACUAUACUGAAGGAGCUGAGCUUGUUGACAACGUUCUAGAUGUUGUUCGUAAAGAGGCUGAAGGUUGCGACUGUCUUCAGGGCUUCCAACUGACGCACUCUUUGGGAGGAGGUACUGGAUCUGGUAUGGGCACCUUGCUUAUCUCCAAAAUUCGUGAGGAGUAUCCGGAUAGAAUCAUGGCUUCAUUCUCCGUUGUUCCUUCGCCCAAGGUCUCCGAUACCGUUGUUGAGCCCUACAACGCCACUCUUUCUGUCCAUCAGUUGGUGGAAAAUACUGAUGAGACGUUCUGUAUCGAUAAUGAAGCUCUGUACGAUAUCUGCUUCCGCACACUAAAACUCACAAAUCCAACUUAUGGCGAUCUCAAUCACUUAGUGUCUGUCACAAUGUCCGGAGUCACGACCUGCCUUCGAUUCCCUGGGCAGUUGAAUGCUGAUCUUCGCAAGUUGGCUGUGAACAUGGUUCCAUUCCCUCGUCUUCACUUCUUCAUGCCAGGUUUCGCCCCACUGUCUGCCAAGGGUGCACAAGCGUAUCGCGCUUCAACUGUCGCUGAGCUUACACAGCAAAUGUUCGAUGCGAAGAACAUGAUGGCUGCUUGUGAUCCUCGCCAUGGGCGCUAUCUUACGGUGGCGGCUAUGUUCCGUGGUCGCAUGAGCAUGCGGGUAAGCUGGUUUUGA